AUGCAGCGAGCUGUCCCCCAACGAGCGCGCCAGCUCUGGGGCCAUGCGCCGCGCGUGCGGUCCUUCAAUCGCAGCCGCCGAGCCUUUGCAACAGUGUCCGACGCCGAACAACGACGCUACGAUGUCAUCGUCAUCGGCGGCGGCCACGCGGGCUGUGAAGCAUCGGCAGCAGCAGCCCGCGCCGGGGCACGAACGGCCCUCGUUACCCCCAAGCUCGACAACCUCGGCGUCUGCUCGUGCAACCCGUCGUUUGGCGGCAUCGGCAAGGGCACCAUGUUGCGCGAGAUCGACGCCCUGGACGGCGUUGUGGGUCGCAUUGUGGACAAGGCCGGCGUGCAGUUCAGAGUGCUGAAUCGCAAGAAGGGGCCGGCCGUGUGGGGGCCCCGGGCGCAGAUCGACAGGGCGCUGUAUAAGAAGUACAUGAGGGAGGAGAUUGUCGGUUAUCCGAAUUUGGACGUGGUUGAGGGGAGUGUGGCGGAUAUCAUCGUCGACAGGACCGAGGGCGUCGAGGGGCGGGGCAGCUACGGGAACAUGACGGGCGUGCGGCUGGAGAGCGGCGAGAUCAUUCACACGGGGAAUGUGGUUAUUACGACGGGCACCUUCUUGGGCGGCGAGAUACACAUCGGGCUCGAAGCCUACCCGUCGGGGCGCAUGGGCGAAGCGGCGACGUUUGGCCUGAGCAAGAGCCUGAGGGAUGCUGGCUUCACGCUGGGCAGGUUGAAGACUGGGACACCACCACGGUUAGACAAGAAGAGCAUCGACUUCGACGUGCUGGAGGCCCAGGAAGGAGACGACCCGCCCACGCCCUUCAGCUACCUGAACGAACGAGUCCAGGUCGAACAACAGCUGCUGAACUACGAAACGCGCACAAACGAAGCCACGCACGACAUCAUCCGCCAGAACCUCGACAAAUCCAUACACAUCCGCGAGACGGUCAAGGGGCCGCGGUACUGCCCCUCGGUCGAGGCAAAGGUCACGCGCUUCACCGACAAGACCUCGCACAUCGUCUGGCUCGAACCAGAGGGCUUCGACAACGACGUCAUAUACCCCAACGGCAUCUCCAUGACCAUGCCCCCAGACAUCCAGGACGCCAUGCUGCGGACCAUAAAGGGCCUCGAAAACGUCACUAUGCUGCAACCCGGUUACGGCGUCGAGUACGACUACGUCGACCCCCGCCAUCUGCGCUCCACGCUCGAAACAAAGAAUAUCUCUGGGCUCUUCCUCGCCGGCCAAAUCAACGGUACAACAGGCUACGAGGAAGCAGCAGGCCAGGGAGUCGUAGCAGGAAUCAACGCCGGCCUCCGCAGCCUGAACAAAGACCCCCUCGUCCUCACAAGAGCAGACGGCUACAUCGGCAUCAUGAUCGACGACCUAAUCACAAAAGGCGUCUCAGAGCCCUACCGAAUGUUCACCUCCCGCUCCGAAUACCGCAUGUCCGCCCGCGCCGACAACGCCGACACACGCCUCACCCCCCUCGCCCACGCCGCAGGCAUAAUCCGCCCCGAGCGCUGGACCGCCUUCUCCCGCGAAGCAGCCGACAUGCACGCCCUCACCACACUCCUGCAGAACACUACCAUGGGCUGCAAAGACUGGAAAAACAACGGCUUCACAGUCCGCAACGAUAGCUCAAAACGCUCCGCUUACGACCUCCUCCGCAUGGCUCACAUCUCCCCCAAAUCACUCACUCACAUCCUCCCCAGCUUGGCGAACUUCUCCCCCCACGUCCAGGCUCGCGUUCACAUCCAGGCCACCUACGCGCCGUACGUCGCGUACCAAGCUACCGCCCAGUCCCGCUGGCUGAGAGACGAGGGCCUGCGCCUCCCAGACGAUAUGCACUAUGAAUCUAUCUUCGGCCUCAGCUUCGAGGAGAAGCGCGUCCUGGAGGUGGCGCGGCCGGAGAGCGUGGGCCAGGCGCGGCGCGUCGAGGGGGUUACGCCUGCGGGGGCGCUGAGGCUGCUGCAGUUUGUUAAGGGGGUGGGGAGGGGGGAGAGGGAGGCUAGGUUGAGGGUUGAGGUCGAGCGGAGGAAGAAGAGGUUUAUGGGGGGUGUGGGGGUGGAGGUGGAGGGUGUGUGA